GAUUUUUUGCUUUCUUUCACUGACCGAAAAUGUAAAGAACAGAGAACAGGGUCCCCCACCCCCCUCAACCUCAACCCUCAAUUUGAGGCAUCUUUUGCUACGCGGGCGAUCUUUUUCGUACCACUAAAACCAAGAAACCCCACCUCUCCACCCAUUGAUUCCCACUAUCCCAGCAGUCGAUUUUCUGCAUUUCCAGAAACGCACUCGCCCAGACCCCUCGUUGCUCCCAACGACCUUUUAUGCUUUAGCCCGCUGCCUCUUUUUCCGGUUCCCAUUCAAAAAAGGCGGACAACUUUUUGCACAAAUUUCAAGAAUGUUACUGUUUUUUCUCCUUUUUUUACUGCUGGAUUUUACUGUGGCCACUACUAAAACUCAUUUAUGCACACCUCUGCGCUGCCCCUCUCAUUUGCUAUUCAUUACUUUCCCCAAAUGUGGUUCAGUGUUUAAUGAGUCCCAUUAAAGGGAUUUUCCGACAGGGAAAGUUUCCAGCUGCUUCUAGCUGGCUGGAAUCAUUGAUUUUCCUUGCCGGGAUUUUGAGUUACCAUGUGCUGGUGCUGAUCAUGGCGGUUCUGCGGUUUAAAUCAGUAAUCAAGAAUGAGAUUCUUUCUGUAUUUGGUUCCUUAGUUUUAUAUAAUUGAUGGGCGCCAUCAGUUGUACUUUAAGAUUGUUUGAUACAAUAAAGAGAAACUUGAUCGAUCGUAGAUGUAGGAGAAAUUCAUCUUAUAUCAGAGUUUGAAACAAAUUAUAUGGAAGCUGAACGUGUGAAUCAUUGUGAAAGAGACAAUCUUAAUUGGAAAUCUUGUAUUGCUGAGGUUUGAUGGCAGGCAUGAAAAGGUUGCUGUAUGUUGGCAGCAUUACGGGUGCUGAUCGUAUUGCCGUCGGAGAGUAUUCUUGUUGUUGAUAGAUUGAGCCAGCAUUAAGGACUCAUGAAGAGGCGGUCUGUACAUCAAAUUAACCACCCAUUUGAUCCACAUCCGUUUGAGGCUUUCUGGGGUGGCUCAUGGCAACCCGUGGAGCGCUUAAAAAUUGGUGAUGGAGCUAUCUCGACGCUUAUAGUUGAGAACGGAGUGGUCACUGAGGAGGACAUUCCCAUGUCACAUCUUCGUAUAAGGUCUAGGAAAGCAAUGUCGUUUGACUGCACAUCCUUUCUAAGGCCAGGAGUUGAUGUGUGUGUGCUCACGACAUCUCAGAACUCUGAAAAUACACAUGAUGAGAGAAAUGCUGCGCCCGUCUGGAUUGAUGCGAAACUGCGAUCUAUUGAGAGAAAACCUCACGACGUUGCAUGUGACUGCAACUUCUAUGUCAGUUUCUAUCUUGAGCAAGGCCCUGAUCUUAUUUUGGCAAACAAAAAACUUAGUAAGGAGAUGAGCAUGAUAAAAAUCGACCAAAUUUCUGUUCUUCAAAGGCUUGAACUGAAACCAUGUGACUCCGAACAUUACCGUUGGAGCUGCUCUGAGGACUGUUCUUCAGUGCAAAAGUUUAAAUUGUUUACGGGAAAAUUCUGUGCUGACCUCACAUGGCUCAUCGUUACAUCAGUUCUGAGGAAAGCUGCAUUUGAUAUAAGGUCGAUACGGAACCAUAUCGUUUACGAGGUUUCAGAAUAUAACCCUCACGUAGCUCAAGCAGAUCCCUGCAAUCAUACUUAUACUGUGAAUUUCAAGGUGGAAAAUGAAGUUUCUACCCCCUUCAUUGUACAGUUUGCUCUAGAUGCCCUUCAGGAAGGACCUGAGGGACGUGAAGUCGGAUUCUUGUCAUCAUUUGAUCCCAUGGAGUUGCGUAGAUCAAAACGCCGGAAUGUACAACCCGAACGUUAUUUAGGUUGUGAUAAUCUUCCAGAUUAUGAGAUUGAGGUUACUCGAUUAGGAGAAAGCAAGACAUAUAAAUUGGAGUACGAUGAAAUUUCUUCUGAAAGUGAUGGGUAUGAUGAGAUGCCAUUGGCACUAUCAGUUCAGGCUGAUAACCAAUAUCAGCAAUAUGGUGGUGCUGAAGACUGGAUUAGGUCUUACAGAAAAAAUAAUUCUGGAUGCAAUUUGGAAUCAGGUGUGCUGAAACGUAAAAGCCACAAGAAAUCAAGUUCAUCUAAACAUAAAAAAAAAUCAGGUGCUAUGGAUAAAGGACCUCAGGGAAAUGAACUUGCUAUUGUUCCUGCAAAUACAUCUGCUGAGAAUAUCUCAGAUUUCUUCGAUAAAAAGUUUCGGAAUGUUAAAAUUCCUGAUGAUUAUUCAGAAGAUAUCGGAGACAUGGUUUCCAAAUAUUUCUACAUGAACGCUUCCCCAUCCUCGAGUAAAAAGAAAACAUUUGAUUUUGACUUCAUGGAGGUGGAAAGUGGAAGUAGACGGCGCCAGAAAGGCACCAGACGGAAAUACCACAGGACAAGUAGCCUUUCUGCUAGUUUAAAGCGGGACUGCGUUUAUAUAAGAGAGAGCAUUUAUGAUGUGAGAAGCUUUAGGAAGGGCUCUGUAACUGCACAGUUAUGUCGGGAAUUGAUUAGAAGAUGCAUGAACAACAUAGAUGCCACUCUUAAAAAUGAACCUAUACAACCGCCUGUGGUUGAUCAGUGGAAAGAGUUCCAGUCGACGACAUCCUCAAAUAGAAGGGAACAGGAUGAGAAAUCCACGGUGAACAAUGAAGACGAAAUAUCUGAAAUUGAUAUGUUAUGGAAGGAAAUGGAGCUAGCUCUUGCAUCAUGGUAUCUCUUUGAUGAUAACGAGGAUUCUCAUGUUCAGCCUACUGCUGAAGUGCCAAAGCCACGUGAAAUUGUGGAGAAUAAGUGUGAACAUGAUUUCCGGCUCAAUGAACAAGUUGGAACUAUUUGCCGAUUAUGUGGAUUUGUGGAGACUGAAAUAAAGGAUAUGCUCCCACCAUUUACUGCAUCUGCCCACUCUAUUCCGAAUAAGGAGCAAAGGACAGAAGAUGAGCCAGAGCUCAAGAAAAGUGAAGAUGGAGAACUAGAACCUGAUCUCAAAGACAAAUUACGGAGCCAUCAAAAGAGAGCUUUUGAGUUUUUGUGGCGAAACAUUGCUGGUUCUUUGAUACCUUCCCGAAUGGAGAAAAAGAAAAAGAGGAGAGGUGGUUGCGUCAUUUCCCACUCCCCCGGAGCUGGGAAGACUUUGCUCAUCAUUGCAUUUCUUGUGAGCUACCUGAAAUUGUUUCCAGGAUCGAGGCCACUAGUUCUUGCUCCAAAAACAACACUUUAUACUUGGUACAAAGAGAUAAUAAAGUGGAAAGUUCCUAUUCCAGUUUAUCAGAUCCACGGUGGUCAAACAUAUAAAGGUGAAGUUUUAAAGCAGAGAAUGAAGUUAGCUCCAGGUCUUCCACGCAAUCAAGAUGUUAUGCACGUUCUCGACUGCCUGGAAAAGAUGCAGAGGUGGCUGUCCCAUCCUAGCAUCCUGCUCAUGGGGUACACGUCUUUCCUAACUUUAACACGGGAAGAUUCACAUUACGCUCACAGGAAAUAUAUGGCGCAAUUGCUAAAGCAGUGUCCAGGAAUUUUGAUACUCGAUGAAGGGCACAACCCUCGGAGUACAAAAUCAAGACUGAGAAAGGCUUUGAUGAAGGUUAACACAAGGCUUAGAGUUUUGCUUUCUGGAACAUUGUUUCAGAACAAUUUUGGUGAGUAUUUCAACACCCUUUGCCUAGCAAGGCCGGUAUUCGUCAAUGAGGUCUUGAAGGAGUUGGAUCCCAAGUAUGAGAAGAGAAACAAAGAGAGACAAACACAGUUCUCACUGGAAAAUCGGGGAAGAAAGCUUUUGAUUGAUAAGAUCUCAAAAAAGAUUGACUCAAAUAAGGGAGAAGAAAGAGCACAAGCUCUGAAAACACUGAAGAAGUUAACGAGUAAGUUCAUAGACGUGUACGAGGGGGGAACGUCCGACAAACUUCCCGGUUUGCAGUGUUAUACAUUAAUGAUGAAGUCAACCAGUCUUCAGCAAGAAAUUCUUUUAAAACUUCAGAAUCAAAGGCCUGUCUACAAGGGAUUUCCACUGGAGUUGGAGUUAUUAAUCACGCUUGGGGCAAUCCAUCCUUGGUUGAUUAGAACAACGGCGUGCUCCAGUCAAUACUUUACUCCAGAAGAACUAGAAGACCUCGAGCAAUUCAAGUUUGAUAUGAAGUCAGGUUCAAAAGUCAGAUUCGUGAUGAACCUCAUACCACGAUGUCUGAUCAGAAAUGAAAAGGUGUUGAUAUUUUGCCACAAUAUUGCUCCAAUCAAUCUGUUCCUACAGAUAUUUGAGAGGUUUUAUGGAUGGCGUAAGGGUCGAGAAGUCCUUGUGCUUCAAGGAGAUAUCGAACUCUUUGAAAGAGGACGAGUGAUGGACAAAUUUGAAGAGCCAGGCGGACCAUCGAAAGUCAUGUUGGCCUCAAUUACAGCUUGUGCUGAAGGCAUCAGCUUGACUGCUGCAUCACGUGUGAUUUUGCUUGACUCGGAGUGGAAUCCUUCCAAGAGCAAGCAAGCCAUAGCACGUGCAUUUCGGCCCGGUCAGAACAAAGUUGUUUAUGUGUAUCAACUCUUGGCCACCGGCACUCUGGAAGAAGAAAAACACAGCAGAACUACUUGGAAGGAGUGGGUUUCGGAUAUGAUAUUCAGCGAUGAACACGUUGAGGACCCUUCUCAUUGGCAAGCACCAAAAAUCGAAGAUGAACUGCUGAGGGAGAUUGUCGAAGAAGAUCGAGCUGCGCUUUUCCAUCGGAUUAUGAAGAAUGAGAAAGCUUCGAAUGUGAUUAGGGGAAAAGGCAUGCUGAAGAAAAUGAGAGAUAAGUGAAAUCCUACUCAAUUGUUGGAUUCUUGAAUGUUGAUAUGUACUUAAUUUAUCUUGUUUUGUUGUUGAAAUCUUGUAACUGCAUCCAAAUUCAUCUUCCUAUUUAAAA